GCUGACACUUCAAAGAUGGGUGUAAACAUCGUGCUGUGAGGGGCCGGAGCUGACAGGCCUGUUCACUGCAGAUCAGCAGAGGAACAUGAAGAGGAGGAGCAUUCAUCUGUUUUGGAUCACAGCUCAGCUUGUAUUGUUUCAGAGAAAGUGAAACUCUCAGACGCUCACUGUGUCUGCGAAGUGAAAUGGCACAGCAAGGAAUUAAGCUGAACUUGGCAAAAUUCUGCUGUUCGAUCUGUCUGGAUCUGCUGAAGGAUCCGGUGACUAUUCCCUGCGGGCACAGCUACUGCAUGAGCUGUAUUAAAAGCUGCUGGGAUGAGGAGGAGCAGAAGGAAAUCCAAAGCUGCCCCCAGUGCUGGCAGACCUUCACACCGAGACCUGUGCUGGUGAAAAGUGCCAUGUUAGCAGAGCUGGUGAAGGAACUGAGGAAGACGGGACUCCAAGCUGCUGAUCUCUGCUACGCUGGACCUGGAGAUGUGGCCUGUGAUGUCUGCACUGGGAGAAAGCUGAAAGCCCUCAAAUCCUGUCUGGUGUGUCUGGCCUCUUACUGUGAGCAGCACCUCCAGCCUCACUACGAUGCAGCUCCGUUAAAGAAACACAAGCUGGUGGAAGCCACUGUGCAGCUUCAGGAGGACAUCUGCUCUCGUCACGAUGAGGUGAUGAAGAUUUUCUGUCGCACUGAUCAGCAGUGUAUCUGUUAUCUCUGCUCCAUGGAUGAACAUAGAGGCCACCACACAGUCUCAGCUGCAGCAGAAAGGACCGAGAGGCAGAAAGAGCUCGGGCUGAGUCAGCAAAAAAUGCUGCAGAGAAUCCAGGACAGAGAGAAAGACGUGAAGGUGCUUCAGCAGGAGGUGGAGGAGAUCAAUCGCUCUGCUGAUAAAGCAGUGGAGGACAGUGAGAACAUCUUCACUGAGCUGAUCGGUUUGAUUGAGAAAAGGAGGGCUGAUGUGAAGCAGCAGAUCAGAUCCCAGCAGAAAAAGGAAGCGAGUCGGGCUGAACUACUUCAGGAGAAGCUGAAGCAGGAGAUCGCUGAGCUGAGGAGGAAAAUCACUGACCUGGAGCAGCUCUCACACACCGAAGACCACAUCCAUUUUCUACAGAACUACCCCUCGCUCUCAUGUCUCGGUGAAUCCACAGACUCACCCAGCAAAAAUGUCCGUCCUCUGCGUUACUUUGAGGAUGUGACGGCAGCUGUGACAAAGCUGAGAGAUAAACUACAGGACGUUCUUGUUGGAGAAUGGUCUAAAAUCUCACUGGCAGUGAAAGGAGUGGAUGUUUUAUUGUUACAACCAGUAAAGGAAAAAGCAAUUAAAAUGAUAAGAAAACCAGAAAAGAAAAUAUUUUCAACCAAACUAGCACAACAGGGGAUGAAAGUUGAUAUGGAUACCAUGUAUUGUACUUAGUAGGAAUAUUCUUGCUAACGCUACGGCACUUAAUGUCUUUGUGGACGGGACAUCUGUUGAGCAGGUCACUUAAACCAAAUAACCUGGUGCCAAAUUUGAUAAUUUAUUGUCUUGGUCUGAUCGGACUGAUCACAUAGCUUCUAUGAUGGCAAAGGGCACUGCAGUUUCAAGGAAACGCUCUAAAGAUGUUCCUAUCUCUGUGAUGAUCGUUUGGGCUCUUUCACAUCUGGACUACUGCCCAGUUAUUUGGUCAAGUGCUGCUGGCAAAUAUCUAAAAAAAAAAAAAAAAAAAAAAAAAACCUUAAAAUUGCUAAAUUAAUUCCGUAGUAAUGUGUGUGAGAUGCACAAACGAUUGUCAUGGCAAACUGUGGAGGCCAAAUUAAAACUCUGUCUUC